AUGGCCCCCCCAAAGCUUCGCGUCGGCAUUUCAGGCCUUGGCCGGAUGGGAAAGCGCCAUGCGAGUAACUUCCACGACCUCACUGCCCGCGCAGAAGUGGUGGCUGCGAGUAGCCCCGACGAAAAUGAGCACCCAUGGGCGAAAGAAAACCUCCCAGGAGUACAAGUCUACCUCGAUUAUGACGAAAUGCUCCAAAAUGCCAAUUUGGAUGCUGUGGUGGUUGCCAGUAUCACCGCCGCUCAUGCCGAGCAAGCUAUCAAGGCUAUCAAAAAGGGACUUCACGUUCUAUGCGAGAAGCCUUUGAGCAUUGAUGCCGAAGUCGCCCAGUCUGUCGUGGAUGCAUAUGAGGAGUCUCUUAAGCAGCAUCCUCAGCAGAAAGUGAUGUGUGGAUUCUCCCGUCGCUUUGAUUCCUCAUAUCGCGAAGCCCAUGAACGAGUUCAGAACGGCGAAUUCGGCCCGCCAGUCCUCUUCCGAUCACAAACAGCCGACCUGUACGACGGAUCAGGAUUCUUCGUCGAGUAUGCCAAGACAAGUGGUGGAAUCUUUGUGGACUGCUCUAUCCACGAUAUCGAUCUGAUGCUUUGGUUCCUGGGCGAAGAGCGCAAGCUCAAGAGUCUGCAGGCGGUCGGAGUGGCUGCCGUGCACCCUGUACUCUUGGAAAACGGGGACAGGGACAACGCAAUCGCGACGGUGGAGUUUGAGGGUGGCAAGAUGGCUGCUUUGUACUGCUCUCGUAUGAUGGCAGCCGGACAGGAAGACACAUCAGAGAUCAUUUGUGAGAAGGGCUCCGUGAGAGUGAACAUGCAAGUCAGGAAGAACCAUGUGGAGAUUCAUGACUCACAGGGAGCGCGACGUGCAUUGCCUCAGCAUUAUUAUGAGAGAUUCCGAGACGCGUUUGUCACUGAGGCUUAUGAGUUCACUGCAAGCUGUCUCGACAACACUCCGCCACCCAUCAGUCUGCAGAGCUCAGUUAAAGCUGUCAUCAUUGGACAGGCUCUACAGAAGAGUCUUGUCAGCGGCGAGAAGAUUUUGUUCAAUUAG